CCAGCAGCCCGGAAGUAGGCGGGGAUCCCACUCGACACAUUUAGAGAGCAAGCCGUGAGGAGAUCGACUUUGCACCGGCUUCCAGCAAGCAGCGUAACUCCGGCUCUCAAACCCAACAAUGCUGUUCACGCUGCUCAAAGUGGCUGUGCUCCUCCUGAGUGUGGAUUGCGAACCGGCUGCCCAAAGAAAAGAAAAUAAGCGUAAGGAGUUGACAUAUGGCAGUGAGAUAUGUACAUAUAAAGCUGACAGUGGGCAUUGCAAAGCUAUAAACAAAAGAUACUACUACAACAUAUUGACACAGAAAUGUGAAGAAUUUAUCUACGGGGGAUGUGGUGGAAAUGAAAACAACUUUGAAACCAUGAAAGAAUGUCUGGCAAAGUGUAAAGUAAAAGAUCGAAGAAAUCUUUGUCAAAUGGAAGCUGAUGGUGGACCAUGUCGAGGGCUUUUUUAUCGGUAUUUCUAUAAUAAGUCAACAAAACAAUGCGAACAGUUUAUCUAUGGGGGCUGCUUUGGAAACAAGAAUAACUUUAGAACUGAAAAAGAUUGCUUAAGUGCAUGCCACGAACCAAAAGGUUUGCAAUCUUCAGAUCUUCCAAAUCUCUGUAUGGACCCUGCAGACAAGGGUAAUUGUAACAAAUCCAUAACCAAAUACUUCUACAAUAAUUCCACUGGCAACUGUGAGACCUUUAUUUACAGUGGAUGUGGAGGAAAUCUGAACAAUUUUAAAACCAAGCAGCUGUGUCACAGGACCUGCAGAAAAGGAACCAGAAGGCAAUAGCCCUGAAUUGCCAGAAAAUACAUGAAACAUUCAAACUCUAAAAGGAAUCUGAUUGUCACAGGAUGCCUUGCAAUCUCUUGGAAUUUAAUUUACUCUUAACCCGUAACUGUCACACUCUGCACUUUUUAACCUCCUUUUGUUAGAUUUGUUUCUUGUUUGCAAAAGUAGUGCUAAUCAGCGCAGUAACAUGUUAUCAUAUCACCAGCUAACAUCUGCAAAUUUGUAUCCACCGUAACAGGGCCAGCCCUGUGGGCAACGUCAGAAAGAUGCAGUUAUUGUUGAACCUGAGAAAGUCUUGCUAACAGGUGUCAUUGGUUAUGGCAAAUUGUUAGGAUGCUUGCAAUGGCAACUUUGUAAUGCUAAAUUGACACACCUAGAUGGAAACUGAAAAUAUUCAACAAACUUCAUGUUCACUUCAGAUGGAACUUUCUUCUUUCUUUAAACAUAAGUCAGAGUGAGCUUAGACAUUUCAUUACAAAUUCCAUUACCAUAUUGAUUGUCCAGCAAAAAUGUUCUUAUUGAAUGCAGUAGUAUACAGGUAGCUGGUUAAUUCAGUUGGCUGGUUUGUAAUACAGUGAUGCCAAUAGCAUGGGUCCAGUAUGUUAGCUCAAGUCACCAUGGAGGUCCGCCUUCUCAAACUUGACCCUUUUCCGAGGUGUGAUGACCCUCCAGUUAAACUCACCAUUUGCCUCUCUAAUGAGAGGGCAGCUCUGUGGUCCUCUGGAACUAUGGCAACUCUACCAAAUCUUACAUACCGCUCUGAUGUUUGGGAUUUAAUCAUUUGUUUGUGUAUUAAUACAGCCAGUUUAAAGUACAUGAGCAUGAAUACAUAUUGUUCGUAACCUUAUGUUUUUAUGCUCUUUGUAAAAACUGACUGCUUAUUUUAUUCUUACUUCUUAGCUUAGCAGAUGACUUUUAGUACGAUACAAAAUACUGAAGACCCAAUUCUUGCUGCUACUGUACACUGGAAAUCUUUACAUUUAACAUUCAAGAUACCUCUGAUUACCUGCAAAGGCAAGGUAAUCAGAGGUAUAACAGGCACUUUUCAGGACCAAAAAAUGACAGAAGUAAACAAUGUUUGGCUCUUACUGUCAUUAACUGCUGCAUUAUCCACGGCAAUGCCUCUACCAAUCAGAGUUCACUUGCCAACCAACCCGCACACUCCUCUCAUACAGUAUAAUUGUCAAUUUUCCCUUUGAACUGGUAUUCUUGUGAAUUGCCCUGAUGACAACAAAAUGUGUCUUUACUUCAGCAAUAGCAAGAAUUCUUUGGUAAUAUGAAUUUUAUAAGUGAAAAUGGGUUAGGGUACCGGUCUAUCAAAAUAGGCUGCUAUUAGAACAAGAGUUUCAGAUAAUUAGCUUGUGUGUGUCACAACACUGUGCAGUUAUACUAUUACCAUCUUUUAAAUAAAAUCAAAAUUGCAAUGUCAUUAAUGGUAGUGGUUCACAGGGCAUUUUUUUUUAAUUAGAUUAAGCAUGUUUGAUAUAAUUUAAUGCAAUAUAGGAUUCCAUGGCAUUACAACAUGAGUUCUGAAAGAAAAUGCACAGCUUUGUAUUUCAAUCUGAAGGGUAAUUAUUCUUUUUAUGGCCAUUGUACAAGUAAUUAUUUUGUCACUGUGGCAAAAAUGCUAUUGUACAUCUGCCUCAAUUACAGUAUUGAUAUAGCAAAUCAGAAAAAGAAAUGCUCUGCUAUUGUGAUUAUAAAGUUUUUCAAUAAUCUGUGAA